AUGAAGGGCUUGCCGACUCUAACCGACUGCGCCACACCCGGUCAGGCUGGGCGUCCGCUGGGGAGUUCAUGGAAUCUACCGUUUCGAACUGCUGCCAGACAACACGACAGUUACUGCCGAGGUCUACUGCGCUCAACUGCAAAGACUGCCCGACAAGAUCCGCAAGGAGCACCCGAAGCUCGACACCUGGAGCUCGGAUGGGAAGUUCUACCGCACCCACCGUACAACCCAGUCCUGGUCCCGAGCAAAUACCACCUCUUCCGAUUGCUUCAGCAUCACCUGGAAGAGAAGUGCUACGAUGAUCGUGACUACCUCGAAAAUGACCUUCAGGCUUUCUUCGCCUCCAACUCGCCGGAGUUCUACGCCAAAUUCGCCGCCGUGAUCUUGUGA